AUGCCGAGCGUGCCCGCCGACAGAGGGUACGUGGACUGCGCGUUGGCCAAGUUGCGUGAGGAGCUUGCUAGCGAGAUCCAGAGGUUGGAUGCGCGAUUGAACUCGGUGGUUCCAUCCAACAAUAACACAGUCGAUGUCGAGCUUGUCGAUCUGCAGUCAGUGGACCUCGCGAACUCCGCCGAAAUCAACAAAUCCCCUCGGAGCACGAACGCCAAGAAGGAUCCGAUUGCAGACGCCGUGGACAUCACGGCUUCGGGCAGCGCCACGAUGUUCGGGUUCGGGCGACAGGAAGAUGCAGUGAAGGGGGCUGUCGGCGCCAAAGCAGGCGAGACACGUGCGACGGAACUGCAAAGUUCUGGUGAAGUCAACAUGGUCUGCUUCGAUCGGAAGAGUGCCUGGAGCUUACCCCUGGUUUUGACUUGGCAGUCCAUCUCCGACGGCAUCUUCUCAAUCUUGCUGCUGCUCCUGAACGCCGCGAUGCAGAUCCUCUUCACCAGCAUCCUCCUUUCGCCUUCCUUCCUCGGCAACGGCUUCGAUGAGCAAGUCGAAGGGGCUCGGAUCUGGCGCCGGAGCUCUGCGCACGAUGCGAAGAACAUGGACCUGGCACAGAGGAGCCUGGCUACGCGCGUCUGCCACGAAGACGACUCCCUGAUCUUCUCCACGGGUCAGGCUGCGCUGGUGGGCGAGAUCAACAGCUUCCUGGGCCUCAGCACGCUGCAGUUCGAGGAUCAGGGGGACUUAGACUCCACUUUCGAGCCUGGGGUUCUGCUGGCAGUGCUUUGCAUCUUGCUGUGGAACUUGUGCAUCUACCGCGAGUUCCGCAGCAUCUGGUUCGUUUUGCAGGGCGUCUUCCUAAGUUCAGGAGCUUCAGAGCGGCCUCUUUCUGGCCGACGUGCCGCAGCCAUGGCCUUCGUGUGUUUAGGCCGCGCAGCCAUUGGUGGUUCACUGCUCGUGGCAGGCAGCCUCUGGUUGGCCGGCACGACGUCCAUCACCGAACUCAUGUUGAACUCAGUGGCGCUCGAGGCCGUGUUGCACGUGGACGAGUUCAUCUUCUCCGGGCUUCUGCCGACCAGGCUGCAGCAGCAGAUUCAGGAGCUCCCUCCCGUGCAGUUGAGGCGCGCACGCCGCUGUCACCGUGCUGAGAACCUGGUGCUUGCAUCCCUCUUGGCUGCAUCGCUGCUGCUGCCUUACGCGCUCCUGCUGCGGCCCUUGUCGCAGCAGGCCGGGUCAGGACACAAGCAUGGGAAACGAUAUAACGCGAAAUCAUCAUGA